AAUGGCUUAUCCCGAGGAGCAAGGAGGCGUCCCCUGUGGCUUCCUCCGCCAGAAUUCUGGCAACUCCGUUUCCUUGGACUUCGAGCCCCACACUGAGUACCGGUUUGUAGAGCAAUUAGAAGAGCGAUACAAAUGUGCCUCCUGUCACUCGGUGCUUCACAACCCCCACCAGACGGGAUGUGGGCACCGCUUCUGCCAGCACUGCAUCCUAGCCCUGAGAGAAUUAGAUGCAGUGCCGCUCUGCCCUGUGGAUAAGGAGGUCAUCAAAUCUCAUGAGGUGUUUAAAGACAAUUGCUGCAAAAGGGAAGUCCUCAAUUUAUAUGUAUAUUGCAAAAAUGCACCUGGGUGUAAUGCCAAGAUUAUUCUGGGACGAUACCAGGACCACCUCCAGCAGUGCUUAUUUCAAGCUGUGCAGUGUUCCAAUGAGAGCUGUCGGCAGCCAGUCCUUCGGAAAGAUCUGAAAGAGCACUUGAGCGCAGACUGCCAAUUUCGAGAGGAAAAAUGCCUCUAUUGCAAAAAGGAGGUGGUAGUUAUCAACCUACAGAAUCAUGAAGAAAACGUGUGUCCCGAGUACCCAGUACCUUGUCCCAACAAGUGUGUGCAGGUUAUUCCCAGAAAUGAGAUGGAUAAACACCUGGCUGUGUGUCCUGAAGCGGAACAAGACUGUCCUUUCAAGCACUAUGGCUGUCCUGUAAAGGGUAAACCGUCAAACUUGAAGCAGCAUGAGCACUCGGCCUUACGGGACCACAUGCUUCUCAUUUUAGAAAAGAACUUCCGACUAGAAGAACAGAUUUCUGACUUGUGUAAGAGCCUAGAACGGAAAGAAAGUCAAAUCCAGCAGCUAGCAGAAACUGUAAAGAAAUUCGAAAAGGAGUUCAAGCAGUUCACACAGCUGUUCGGCAAAAAUGGAAACUUCCUCUCAAACAUCCAGGUUCUUGCCAGUCACAUUGACAAGUCGGCUUGGCUAGAAGCUCAAGUGCGUCAGUUAUUACAGAUGGCAACCCAGCAACAAAAUAAAUUCGAUCUGAGGCCUUUGGUAGAAGCGAUUGAUACAGUGAAAGAGAAAAUAACCCUGCUAGAAAGCAAUGAUCAAAGAUUAGUUGUUCUGGAAGGGGAGACGAACAAACACGACGCCCACAUUAAUAUUCAUAAAGCACAGCUGAAUAAAAAUGAAGAGCGAUUCAAACUGCUGGAAGGCGCCUGCUACAAUGGAAAGCUCAUCUGGAAGGUGACCGACUAUGCGAUGAAGAAGAGGGAGGCGCUGGACGGGCACACGGUGUCCAUCUUCAGCCAGCCCUUCUACACCAGCCGGUGCGGCUACCGCCUCUGCGCCAGAGCCUACCUGAACGGGGACGGGUCCGGGAAGGGGACGCACCUGUCGCUGUACUUUGUGGUGAUGCGAGGGGAGUUUGACUCACUGUUGCAGUGGCCGUUCCGGCAGAGGGUCACCCUGAUGCUUUUGGACCAGAGUGGCAAAAAGAACCACAUUAUGGAGACCUUCAAGGCUGACCCCAAUAGCAGCAGCUUUAAACGCCCCGACGGGGAAAUGAACAUUGCCUCCGGCUGUCCGCGCUUCGUGGCUCACUCCACUUUGGAGAAUGCCAAGAACAUGUACAUUAAAGAUGACACCAUCUUCUUGAAAGUGGCAGUGGAUUUAACUGACCUGGAGGAGCUCUAGGCACUGUUUCUGGGGGGAUACAAGGACGUCUUGGGUCCAGGACCGUGGAGGAAACCUUUGGUUAGCGCGGUGACUGAAUUUCAACUCAGUCCACAUUUGUAUUUGGCUUUUGCCCUUGGCGUUCGAAGUCAGUUUAAAACUUU